AUGGCCUGCCUGAGCCCCGCGCAGCUCCAGAAGUUCCAGGAGGAUGGAUUCCUGGUGCUGGAAGGAUUCUUGUCUGCAGACGAGUGUGCAGCCAUGCAGCAGAGGAUCGCGGAGAUAGUGGCCGAGAUGGACGUUCCGCUCCACUGCCGCACAGAGUUUUCCACGCAGGAGGAGGAGCAGCUGCAGGCGCAGGGCAGCACAGACUAUUUCUUGAGCAGCGGCGACAAGAUUCGAUUCUUCUUUGAGAAAGGCGUUUUUGACAAGAAAGGAAACUUCCUGGUCCCCCCGGAGAAAGCCAUCAACAAGAUUGGCCACGCUCUGCACGCCCAUGACCCUGUCUUCAAGCGUGUCACACACUCCCCCAAGAUGCAGGCCUUGGCCAGAAGUCUGGGCCUCCAGAUGCCUGUGGUGGUGCAGAGCAUGUACAUCUUUAAGCAGCCUCACUUUGGCGGCGAAGUCUCCUCUCACCAGGACGCCUCCUUCCUGUACACGGAGCCCCUGGGCCGGGUGCUGGGCCUGUGGAUGGCGCUGGAGGACGCCACGCUGGAGAACGGCUGCCUGUGGUUCAUCCCCGGCUCGCACACCGGUGGAGUGGCGAGAAGGAUGGUCCGGGACCCUGCUGGCUCGGUGCCUGGCACCAGCUUCCUGGGGUCGGAGCCAGCCCGGGAUAACAGCCUCUUUGUGCCUACCCCAGUGCGGAGAGGGGCCCUCGUCCUGAUCCACGGAGAAGUGGUGCACAAGAGCGAGCUGAACCUCUCUGACCGCUCCCGCCAGGCCUACACUCUCCACCUCAUGGAGGCCUCUGGCACCAUCUGGAGCCCCGAGAACUGGCUCCAGCCGACAGCUGAGCUGCCCUUCCCCGCCCUGUACACCUAA